GUUAUAUGCCACACCAAACCAUUACCCAAACGCUUUCCCAAAAGAACUAACAAGCAAAGCAAACAAAUAAACACGUUGCCUUCAUCAUCAUCAGAGAAAAAACCUUUGCCCAACUUGUCUAAAACUUGCGUUCACUUUUCGUUUUAGCACUUUCCCUACUCUUCCCCGCAGCUUAUCAUCUCAGCAAGUUACCUUUUUUUGAAUCUGUUAAUCUUUAUCUCUGAUUCUUUCUGCUUGUUUAGUUUUAACUUUUUGAAGGUUUUUUUAUUGGGUAGUUUCUUGUAAGAUUGGAAAUAGGAAAAAAAAAAAGUGGGUCAGUGUUUUAGAUUUGGGUAAUUGAUAAUUGGGUUCCCCCCCUUUCUCGCAAGUUAAUUUGGCAUGUGGGUUGCGCUUAAUUGGAAUCAUGGAUGUGUCGGUGUACUGUUUUUGGACUUUUGGGGGAGAACUGAAGCUGAUUAGUUAUAAUUUGAUGGUAUAAUUUGUUUUUUUUUUGGGGGGGGGGGUUGGAGCUUUGAUCUGUAGCUGGAAUAGGGUUAAAGUUGUGGUUUAUUUUUGUUAAAAUUAUAAGUUCUAUUAGGUUCACUUUACUGGGUUUCGGAUCUUCUGGUUAUUUGGGUUUUAGAAAAAUGGAGGUUAGAGUUGGAAACGAAGCUCGUCCAUUUUAUGGUAUGAUGAAUCCGGUGGGUUUGCCGGCAGUUGGGAAAAGGACAUUGGAGUGGGAUUUGAAUGAUUGGAAAUGGGAUGGUGACCUUUUCAUAGCUAGCUCUAUAAAUCCAGUGUCUGCUGAUAGCAUGGGAAGGCAAUUUUUUCCAAUCGGGUCUGGGAUUCCAGGGAAUUCGUCUAAUAGUUCAUCUUCAUGCUCUGAAGAAGUGAAUCCGGAAACUGAGAAAGGGAAAAGGGAAUUAGAAAAGAAAAGGAGGGUUAUUGUGGUUGAAGAUGACCUUCCGAAUCAAGAAGCAGGUUCCCUCAGUUUAAAGCUCGGUUCCCAAGGUGGCCAUGGUUAUCCAGUUAGUCAAAGGGGGAUGAGAAAUUGGGAAGGAACUAAUGGGAAGAAGACUAAGUUGAGUGGAGGUUCUGGGAAUCGUGCAGUUUGUCAGGUUGAGGACUGUGGGGCUGAUCUGAGCCAUGCCAAGGAUUAUCAUAGACGGCAUAAGGUUUGUGAGAUGCAUUCCAAAGCUAGUAAGGCACUGGUUGGAAAUGUCAUGCAGCGAUUUUGUCAGCAGUGCAGUAGGUUUCAUGUCCUUCAAGAGUUCGAUGAAGGUAAGAGAAGCUGUCGCAGACGUUUGGCUGGCCAUAAUAAAAGGAGGAGGAAAACAAAUCCUGAUGCCAUUGUCAAUAGCAAUUCGUUGAAUGAUGAGCAGACUAGUGGUUAUCUAUUGUUAAGUCUUUUGAGGAUACUUUCUAACAUGCAUUCUAACAGAUCUGAUCAGACCACAGAUCAGGAUUUGCUUACUCAUCUUCUAAGGAGCCUUGCAAGCCGUACUGGUGAACAAGGGGGGAAAAACAUGUCUGGGCUUUUGCCAGAAGCUUGUGAUUUAGAAGCUGUUUCAGCUUUAUUUUCGAAUGGCCAAGGCCCUCCUCGGCCUUUCAAGCACCACAUAACUGGAACUGCAUCACAGAUUCCACAUACAGGAAGACAAUCUUGUGAUACUAAAGGUGCUGAAGUGCCAAGCAAUACAGCUGGAGCAGUCAAGAUAAAUAAUUUUGAUUUGAAUGACAUAUACAUUGACUCAGAUGAUGAGACAGAUGGCAUAGAGAGGUCACUUGCACCUGUGAAUGCAGGGACUGGCUCCCUUGAUUGCCCUUCAUGGGUCCAGCAAGAUUCUCAUCAAUCAAGUCCACCCCAGACCAGUCGGAAUUCAGAUUCAGCCUCUGCCCAAUCACCUUCUAGUUCCAGUGGUGAUGUUCAGAGCCGUACAGAUAGGAUUGUGUUUAAGUUAUUUGGUAAGGAACCAAAUGAUUUUCCUCUGGUCUUGCGAGCACAGAUUCUUGACUGGCUAUCACAUAGUCCCACUGACAUCGAGAGCUAUAUUAGGCCUGGCUGCAUUGUUCUGACAAUUUACCUUCGUCAAGCUGAGGCUGCAUGGGAUGAACUUCGCUAUGAUCUGAGUUUCAGUUUGAGUCGGCUUCUGCAUUGUUCAGAUGACACUUUCUGGAGGACUGGAUGGAUAUGUAUAAGGGUGCUAGAUCAAAUAGCAUUCAUUUAUAAUGGUCAGGUUGUCGUAGAUACAUCUUUACCUCUCGGAAGCAAUCAUUAUAGUAAAAUUAUGAGUGUCAAACCAAUUGCAAUAUCUGCAACUGAGAGAGCUCAAUUUUCAGUCAAAGGCAUCAACCUGUCUCAGCCAGCCACAAGGUUGCUCUGUGCAGUAGAAGGGAAGUAUCUGGUACAGGAAGCUACUCAUGAGUUGAUGGAUGACAGUGAUGAUUUGAAGGAGCAAGACGAGCUUGAGUGUAUUAACUUUUCUUGCUCCAUCCCUAAUGUGAUUGGAAGAGGAUUCAUUGAGAUUGAAGACCAUUGUCUUAAUAGCAGUUUCUUCCCUUUCUUAGUUGCUGAGGAUGAUGUUUGUUUAGAGAUUCGAAUGCUGGAGUCUGUGCUGGAGACUACUGACACAGAUGCAGAUAUUGGCAGAUGUGGAAAAAUGGAAGCCAAAAAUCAAGCCAUGGAUUUCAUUCAUGAAGUUGGUUGGCUUCUUCAUAGAAGUCAAUUGAAAUCUAGAUUGGGCCACUUGGAUCCUAACCCGGAACUGUUUCCACUAAGGCGUUUCAAGUGGCUUAUGGAGUUCUCUAUGGACCAUGAAUGGUGUGCUGUAGUGAAGAAACUCUUAAAUAUUCUUCUUGAUGGAAUAGUCAGUUCAGGGGAACAUCCUUCCCUUAACCUUGCUUUAACAGAGAUGGGUCUUCUUCACAGAGCUGUUAGGAAAAAUUGUAGACCUCUAGUGGAGCUCCUUUUAAGAUUUGUCCCUGAGAAGACUUCAGAUAGAUUAGGAUUUGAAAACGAGACAGUAGCUGAUGGUGUUCAUAAAAGCUACUUGUUUAGACCUGAUGUCAUAGGCCCUGCUGGUUUGACCCCUCUUCACAUUGCAGCGGGUAAAGAUGGUUCUGAGGAUUUGCUGGAUGCAUUGACUGAUGAUCCUGGAAAGGUUGGCAUUGAUGCUUGGAAAAAUGCUCGAGACAGCACCGGUUCUACACCUGAAGAUUACGCUCGCUUGCGUGGCCAUUACUCUUACAUCCACCUGGUACAGAAGAAAAUUAAUAAGAGACCACCUUCUGGGCAUGUGGUCGUCGAUAUUCCAAGUGCCGUCUCUGACUGUAGCACAAACCAGAAGCCAAACAACGAGUCAACCUCCAGCUUUGAGAUUGGACAGCUUGAAUUGAGAUCCAUAAAGCGAAAUUGCAAGCUUUGUGAUCAAAAGCUUGCAUAUGGAUAUGGAACAGCCAACAGGUCAUUGGUGUACAGGCCUGCAAUGCUUUCAAUGGUAGCAGUUGCCGCUGUAUGCGUCUGUGUUGCCCUACUAUUUAAGAGCUGUCCCGAAGUUCUAUACAUCUUCCGUCCCUUCAGGUGGGAAUUGUUGGACUACGGAACAAGCUGAGGUCCAGCAACUCGCCCUAAGUCGGUAACCUUUAAUAGGUGGUGUUUGUAUUUGUAAUAUGUUUGUAAUAGACUGCAAAGCUGGGAUCUGGUGUAUAACACCAGUGUUUGGACUGAGUCUCAGACACGGUAGUCUCGUCGGCAUAUAUAUUAUUUGUUGUUCAAUCAUCAAUGUAACGUUUAUCCAGGGUAUAACAUGAUAACACAUGCAUAGUUCUCCCUCUGGAGUCUGAGGUUCAUGUCUUCAACGUUUGAUAAUGGGAGAUGUAGCAUUGUAACCAUUAACAAUAAAAAUCUGUGUUGUUGCAGCUGAAAUGAAUAUCUGUUUUCUUGUUUUA